AUGGCGUCCUACCCCGGCAUCAAGGCGACGCUCGUCACCGGCGAUGUGAUCGGCAAGAUCAAGGCCGGCAAGGCGGUGACCGGCGUGGACGCGACGAAGGCGCGCAGGUAUCUCGUCGAGCUCUGCUGGAGCGUGCUCCGCGAUGAGCUCGACCCGAGCGACGUGGCGCCGGCGAUCCGCGGCGCCUUCCAGGACCACGCGGUCGCGUCCUCGAACUUCGCGGACGUCAUCUGGCUCGCGUCGCUGGAAACCGAGAUGCUCCCGGACGUUCGCUCGAAACUUGUGGAGCUCGCCAAGGCGCUCUGCGACGGCGACAGGGGCGGCGGCGAGCCUCUGCUGACGCGCGAGCUCCUCAUCGAGAGGUGCGAGGGAGAGUUCCUGGAGGAGUGCGGCCUCAUCCCGUCCUCCGUCGGGUGGAAGAAGAAGGAGGUUCGCAUCAACACCAGGCUCGUCUACACCCAAAACAAGUUCAACCUGCUGCGGGAAGAGAGCGAAGGAUACUCCAAGCUGAUCACCGCGCUGGCGGAGUUUGGGCGAUCGGGCGACGGCGUCGCCGCCGCCGCCGUCAGGUCGGUGCAAUCGCUCAUCGGGUACUUUGACCUCGACCCCAACCGGGCGUUGGACCUCGUGCUGGACGCGUACGAACACGCGCCGACGCAGGACGGCUUCAUGGAGCUGCUGGGUCUGUUCCGUAAGGGUGCGCACGCGCAGGUGCUCGGUUUCAAGUUUCAGAACCACGCCAAGGCGAGCGAGGCGGCGGCAAACGCCGCCGCGAACAGAGCCGAAGCGGAUGACAGCGACGGCGAGGAGGGUGAGGAGGGCGAGGAGGGUGAGGAGGGCGAGGAGGAGGAGGGCGAGGCCGCCGCGGGAGAUGCCAAGGACGGGGGCAACAGACGAAAAACGGCGGACGACAAGGGCGACAAGCCAAUGAGGGCUAAGAGACGAGAGAACGAAGCCGAGCCGAUUCCGGAGACCCCCGCGAGUCUGUACGCCUUGGCUGCUAAAUUGGUGGGAGCGGGUGUCGUCGAUCUCGACGCCUUGUACGCGCAUCUGUCCCCGACGGACGAUGCCGCGGUGGAGCGGCACGUCGCCAACGUGGAGACCCGAUUGAACGCCGCGAAGAGGAUCGGGGCCGUGAACCUUCUGGCCAAGGCUGACGACUCCAAGGCUGAAUCUUCCGCGCCGGAUCCGUACACGGUGGCGAUCACGCCCCCUAACGACCCGCGGGACCAGAAGCUGGGGUUAUUGCGGGGGUUCCUGGCGGUCGGAGACGUGGACGGCGCGACGGCGAUGAUCGGGCGGCUCAAGAACCUCGGCCUCGACCCCGCCGAGGACCCGGAGGUUCAGAGGGCGCUCUGCGAAACCCUGAAGGCGACAAUCGCCGAGUGUUACGGACUCGCCGCGCCGGCGGGCGCCAAGGCUGCCGUCGAAGCCAGGGGGGACACCGCCGGCAUGGAGGCGCCCGAUGCGAAGGGUGCGCUCAUGCCCGACGAGGCGUUCGAGCGUCUGAGGCUCUUGGGACCGUACGUGGCGUCUGACGUCGCGUUACACACGAGGCUGGUUCGAUGCGUCCGGCAUCACAUGAUCGCCGCGUCGCUCGCCGGGGACAAGGAAGCCGCGGCCAAGGGCGAGGAGGCGAUGGGUUCGAGCCUGAUCCCCGCGCUGGGUCUGAUACACGCGAACCCCGGCGCGGUGUUCGAGACCUGGAGCGUUCUGGAACUCCUUCCGGUGACGACCCGGUUCCGGCUCUACUCUGAGUGGAAGUCCUCAUUCGAACGCGACCCAGGGUCCGCGCUCGAGACGAGGCGACCGCAGUUCGCAGCCGCGAAGCGCGUGGCGGAGCAGGACACCAUGAAGGUCAUGCGACGUUUGAGCAAGGAAAACGUCAAGGAAUUCGGGCGCAAGCUGGCUAAAAGCGCUCACGGCAACCCUCUCGCGGUGAUGUCUUCAAUCGCGGUUCAGAUUGAAGCCUACACAAACAUGAUCGCGCCGGUGUGCGACGCGUUCAAGUACCUCACGCCUCUCGGGUACGACGUGUUAACAUUCGUGAUCAUCGAGAAGCUCGCGGAAGGGAGGGAGAAACUCAAGGACGACGGUCAGAACGUGUCGUUGUGGCUCAGCGCUCUCGCCACCUUUUGCGGCCACCUCGCCAAGAAGUACAGCGCCAUCGAGCUCAGCGCGCUGCUUCAGUACCUGGUCAACACCCUCAAGGAUAACCAGAGCCUCGAUCUGCUGGUACUGAAGGAGCUCAUCACGCGUAUGACGGGCAAGGAGUCCCUCGAGGACAUGUCCGAUGCCCAGGUUGAGGCCAUGGCGGGCGGUGAGACGCUCAGGUCCGAGGCUAUCAACUUCAACAACGACAUGGCGCCCAAGGCGAGGGCCAAGGGCGUGGCCCGGCUGAAGGAGGCGUUGCAGAAGGGAACGCUGGGCGGGGACCCGCUCACGGUGCCUCUUCUCGUGCUCAUCGCGCAAACGCGGCAGGCGAUCAUAUUCAAGACCGACUCGAAGCAUUUGAAGCUCGUUUCGCAGCUGUACGACGGGUGCCAGGAGACUUUCUUCCAUUACUGCGACUUUUUGGAGCAGGCCUUCGAUGACCAGGAGUAUGCCGCCACCGUUCCCUCACUCAAAGCUCUGGUGCACGAUUACGGGUUGGAGCCCGGCGUGGCGUUUCAUAUCUAUCGACCCGUGUUGAGGCACCUCAAACCGCGGCCGACGCCGAGCAAGGACAAGAGCGUCGACGAGUGCAACGAAUCCGUCGCGCUGGACAUCGGCGGGGUGAAGAUGACUUGGAAGGAACUCCUCGAGACUGUUCGCGGCAUGCUCCCCGAGGAGACCUGGGCGGAUAUAUCACCCGAGCUCUACCUCGCGUUCUGGUCGUUAACCCUGUACGACCUUUACGUGCCCCGCGCGAGGUACGAGGCCGAGGUGGACAAGUGCCGAGCCGCGCUCGACGUCCUCGACAAUCAACGCGACUCCGGCACCAGGGAUGAGCAGGCGAAGAGAAAGAAGGAGAAGGACCGUUUGAAGGACCUCAUCGAUAAGUUGCAGAAGGAACUGGACGCGCAGGAACGCGCGGUGGCGGCGCGCACGAAGCGGCUCAUGAUCGAGAAGGAUCAGUACCUUGUGGAUUUGCCCAACCACGGCAACACCGUGGGCAGACUGGUGGAACAGUGCGUGUUCCCGCGCUGCGUUUUUUCACACGCGGAUGCCAUGUAUUGCGCCAGAUUUGUGGAACGACUGCACCUGCUGGAUACGCCGUACUUCGCCACGGUGCAGCACUACAACCUCACGCUCACUGUCGUGGCGCAGCUCGUGUUCAGCUGCACGGAGUACGAGGCUGGCCGGCUAGGUAAGUUCCUCAACGAGACCCUCACCCAGUUGUCGGUGUGGAAGGGCGACGAAGCCACCUACGAAAAAGAGUGCACCGCGGUGAGCGGCUUCAACAUGAAAUUCGCGGAUCCGUCGUCGAAGAAGGUUUCGUACGAGGAGUUCGUCAAGCUCGUGUACAAGUGGCACCUUCGCAUCGCGAAGUCGUUCCUCUCGUGCCUGGAGGGUGACAACUACCUCGAGAUUCGCAACUCGCUGAUGGUGCUCACGAAGGUUGUCAAAGUUUUCCCGGCUAUUUCCAGAAUCGGGGCACACAUUCUCCGUAAGGUGGAGAAGAUCAAGGAAAACGACGAGCGCGGGGACCUGAAGACCAUGGCGGCGCGAUACCUGGCCAUGUUGCAGCGGGAGAAGCCCGGGUGGAAGGCUGAUAACCAUUUCAACCCUUACUUACCCCCCGAUCCGAAGGAGAAGGAAAAGGAGGAGAGGGAACGCAAGGCGAAGGAGGAGGCCGCGUCCAAGGGUGGCGGCGGAUCCAAGCGCGGCCGCGGCGGCGACGGCAAGGGAGGCAAGGAUGCCUCGCUCAACGCGGACGCUCAGGAAUUCACGCCGGGCAAGGAUAACGCCAAGAAGGAAGAGAAGAAGAAGGACGAGAGAAGCGACCGGAACGUCCGCGGCGGAUCCUCGAAAACGUCCGACGCUUCCAACAAGAAGGACGACGUCGGGAGCAAGGGAAGCGGCGGAGGCGGCGGCGGCCGGGGCGGCGACAGGGACCGGAACACGCGUGACGUGCGCGGUGGUUCCAAAGACACCGUCGAUAAUAAGGGUGCGGAUAACAAGCGACGGAGAGACGACGACCGCGGAGAGGACAACGGCGACAACAAGCGACCUCGAAAGUCGGAGGAUGUCAGCCGCGGCGGCGGCGGGCGCGGACGCGGGAGGGACGAGGAACCCCCGCCGCGCGGCGGGAGGGGCGGCGGGAGGGAUACCAGCAGGGACCGCGGCGGGCACCAGGACGACCGCAGGACUGGAGGCGGGCGUAACGUCCGAGGAGGAGGAGGUGGAGGCGGUAGACCCGCCCCUCGAGGCAGACGGUAG